GCGGUGACGCGUGCGGAGAGUGGGGGCGGGGAUGAUGGAGGGGACCGCGGCGGAGUACCACUCCAAGGACUUCGAAUGGGAGGAGCUCCGGGACGAGGUGGAGAACGACGCCUCUUUACGCUACCAUCUCGUGCCUUUCGUUGCUUCCUCUUCCUCUUCCUCCCCUUCCUCUGAUCCUCCUCCCGACGACGCGGACGCCUGGCGGAGCUUUCAUCGCCGCCAUUCCGCCGGAAAGUUCUUCAAGGAAAGAAGGUACUUGUUGAAGGAAUUUCCAGAGCUCCUUUGCUCUGGUAAUUCCAUCCAGGUUCUCGAGUUGGGAUGUGGAAAUGGGAGCACAAUCCUUCCUAUUUUACGUGCAAAGGAGAGUAUUGUUGUCUAUGCUUGUGACUGUAGUGAAGAGGUCCUUCAAAUGGCAAAGGAGAUUGUAGCCACUACCAGUGAUGUAUCUUUAGAUCAUCGGUUGUACACUUUCUUACUCGAUUUCACUGUACAUAAAUUUCCUGAUUGGUUGUUCUGCUCUUCUUGUCAAAGAGCUUCAUUUUCAAAGCCUGUCAACUUAUCAUCGGAUUCUAGAGAACAAAAAUUGAGAAAAUUGAAUGCACCAUCCUUCCUAAGAGAAGAGCAGUGUUGUAUUGGUGGAGUUGAUUUUGUUACUUUGAACUGGGUACUGUAUGGUGGUGUUAUUUUGCAGAUAUUUACACUGUCAGCAAUACCUUUUCAAAGAAUGUCUUCUGUUAUUGAGAAAUGUUUCUCUGUCUUGAAACCCGGGUGCUUGCUUUUAUUCAGAGACUAUGGUCUUUAUGACAUGACUAUGCUUCGGUUUCUGCCAGAGCAAAGGAUGGGGUUCCGUGAAUACAUGCGAUCAGAUGGUACUUUUUCUUAUUUCUUCUCACUGGAUAUUGUAAGAGAUCUCUUUCUUGGUGCUGGCUUUACUGAGUUGGAGCUUGAAUAUUGUUGUAUAACAUCAGUAAAUCGUCAAAGGGGAAAGAAGAUGCAAAGGGUUUGGAUUCAUGGAAAGUUCCAAAAGCCCAUUUGAUGCUUCAUUUGUUCAUUUCUGUUAAGAAACUGUUCGUUGGAACUAAUUUGGUUCAUACAUGGCAAUUGUUACAGAUGGUGGAUCACAGACAGUAGCUUCACCAUAUCAGGUGUUGAGAAAGAGAGCAGUCACUGUCACCAGCAUCACUCUUAAUCCUCCAUGACCAAUCCGAAGCUGCCAAAAUAAUUUAAAGAGAAAAUAUCCUUUGUUGAUAAGAAGACUCUGGCCAUAGUAUCUUGAAUCUUCUUUUUCUUCCUUCUCUUUUUCUUUUUGAACUUUGUGGCAGUGAAAAGGAAGAUGGCGUGCUAGUAAGAAAUGAGUUCAUUUAGCAGACUGUACAGAGCAUACAUUCAAGCUAUUUACCCAACACACAAGGCUCCCAUGUUCAUCGAUUGCAAUGUCCGCAAUCUUAGGAGGAUUUUACUUGAUAUCUCGGCCAUGUUAUUAUAUUUGUCAUCUUUUGAUAGAAUUUAAGCUCAUUUCCUGCAUUGUAAGCAUGUUUUACGCUAUUGCACUGUCCUCUUCUGACAAGUCUGCUUCCAACCUUCGGUGUUGUUUAACUUGUUUGAAUGUAUCACUAAAGAUUGUUAGGUAA